CAAUUUGGUUUUUAGCAACGGUCGCACGAUUCUACGAUUUACGAGUGUACGUUUACACAGUUGUUUGCUAGGUUUAAGACGUGUUCUCUACGUUUGGAAAAAUGUAUAUCUACGAAGGAUGUGCAGAAUUGAUAAAAAAUACAAAAUUCAAUAAAUUAAAGUGAAUAUUCUUUGUGUAAAACACAAUGGUUGUUUAAUAUUUGCAAAUAUGUCUUUAAAGUGUAUUGUGAAGUGUUUUUAAUGGUGCCAUCAGUAGAAUUUCAAAGAUAUAUAAGCAAAAGAAAGCGAAAGCCAACACAGCAUCCUUUUUAUUUUUAUCCCUUGCUUAUGCUUCAUCUUUCCUUUUACUCGUUAUUCCUUUAUGUGCGCGUUAUUCGUGAACUGCUCCACCCUCGACGUCCUUGUAAAGAGAGUAGUUUCGUGAAUUAUCUGGCUAAACAAUGUAUAAAAAGUGAUACAAAAGAAGCGGGAAGUGUUGUUUGUGUUUGAUGGGGGUGUGGAGUAAAAAAAAAAUAAUAAAAAAUACAAGAAAAUAAGUGCGGCUAAAAUAGCAAACGGCAAAGAGCAGUGCAUUCAAAGCCAACUUGUACAAGCAAGAAAUUGAAAGCAAAACUUGCAGAAAAACAAGUCGCGUCAUUGAGUCGCCAACGCUGCGCGAUUCCAGCUCCGUAGUGCGCUUCGGUCGUGUGAGUGUGUGAACAUAUGUGCACCGCUGCAACUUUAAGGAGCCGGGCAUUCUGCCACCGGCGUCACAAAGUCGUUUUCACUUAAUACCAUCAUUAUUGGAUUUGAAACUUUUUGACACAAUUGCCUAACCAACACUUUUGAUGCGGAGAUACAUACCGUAAAAACAUUCAACAUUAUUGGCAGCAAAAUCCUUAUAUUAAUUAACAAGUGCCGAAAAGUGUGUGUGUACCUAAAAUGUAUCUUAAACGAAUUUUCGAGAAAAUUAUAAUUUAGAUUCGCUAUAUACGCCGCUUUCCUGUUGAAUAUUAGUGUUAUUUAAAGUCAGUUUAAAGCAGUCAGUAUACUCAUAAAUACGUUGUUGCUGUAAUUGAAAACGAAAGCUGCAGUUGAACACCUAAAAGAUUACAUUUCAACGACACUGAAGACAAUUGCAUCCAUAUUUAAUUGGUUACCUUAGGAAAGGAACCUGCAACUUUAGAAUCAAAUUAACACACCACUUUUCCAAUGCGAACAACGGCGCUGAGCUAAAAUUCAACCAAGGUCACAAACAAGUUAGAGAAUACUCCCAAGGCAACGUCUUCAUUAUUUGAGACGCGACGAAAUUUAUGCCCGGAGUAGGUGCCGGGCAGUGCUGGACAUGUUGGAACGUCGUCCCUUAUGGGGAUUAAUAGUAUUGUUGAAUGUCUGCGUAGUGAUAUGGCGCAUGCAAGAACCGGCUAUGCUAAAUGUCGAAUACGACGGCAGUGGUGCGGCGAGUGCGAAUGUACAGCAAAACUCAGACUUCGACGAUUACGUGCCGCCAUUGCACCUACAACGCCAACAACAGCAGCAACCACAGGUCGAACAACGGCCCUCAAUAUGGCGCAGAGGUGUCGCGGUGCGUAAUGCCAUAGCACAACAACAGCUGUACGCCGGUAAACAUCUACUAGCCGAUAGCGCCGAGGCGAACGAAAUCGCUGCCAAAGUAACGCGAAAAGCGGACGAUAGUCUUCACAUUAGCGGCCACAGUAGUAGUAGUAGUAGUAGCAGUACCAGUAGCAGUAGUAGUACGCAUAGGUCUAGUACUAGCCAUAAGAAUAAGAGUCAACACCUAUUUAACGAGCACACGACGAGUCUACGCACAGUCAGCUCAGUUAAAAGUACGGCCUCACCGUUAGUCACUGCGGCAACACUUAAGAACACUGCAGAGUUGCAAACAACAACGAUAGGCAAUGCGAGAGCGUUUAGUUUUCCACCGGAUGACUUCCAUCAAUUAAUCGAUCUGCACGACUUUACGUACCUUAUAAGCCAGAACAGCUGUAGUCCGGAUGUGCAAGCACUAAUCUUAGUGCAUUCAGCGCCAGCCAAUGAGGAGAAACGACGUCUCAUACGCGAGACGUGGGGCAAUACCGAUCAAUUGCCGCCCGUGAAUGGUGUUAUGCCAUUGCGGAUUAUCUUUUUGAUCGGUACCGUCGAGACCGAAGCGCUGCAGUUGGAUAUAGAGCGCGAGAAUUUCGAAAAUGGCGAUAUUGUGCAGGGUUCCUUUGUGGAUAGCUACCGUAAUAUGACCUAUAAGCAUGUGAUGGCUUUCAAAUGGUUUCUAUAUAAUUGUGCGCAAGCGCAAAUUCUCAUCAAGGUCGACGACGACGUCUACGUGAAUACACCGCAACUACUCAUCUACCUGGAUCGUGCUGCUGUCAACGGUGAUCUGGAAAAUGCGGUCGCCGCCGCCGCCGCUGCUGCUACGGAUGUUCAAGCCAGUGCUGCCAUAUCUCAACACCAAACCGCCGAUAAUGAUAGAAAAGCUUUUGAGCAUAAUACUAUUGUAGACACCAAUAGUAGUAGCGGUAGUAGCACGAGCAGCAGUAAUAGUGUACGAAAUGCUGCCGAUGCCAACGCUGCACACACACACACAAAUAACACACAAUUCAAUGCUGCACAAAUGAUAUUCCGCCAUCCACACGAUUUGCUGCUCUGCAAAACCAACAUCAACGCUAUGGUCAAACGCAGCUACCGUUCGAAAUGGCGCGUCACAGCACGCGAGUUCCCCGGCCGGUACUAUCCGCCCUACUGUCCCGGCUAUGCCAUCAUCUAUUCGCCCGACGUGGUGCUAGCUUUAUAUAACGCCGCACAGGUGUCGACCUACUUCUGGAUCGAUGACGUCCACAUAACGGGUGUUUUGGCGCAAAAUCUAAGUAUCGCCAUCACAAACGCCGACCAAUACAUACUCUACGAAACUGAUUGUGACAACUUGCUCAAUGACACGGUGAAUAGUGAUGACGUGGAGUUCUUGUAUGCCUGGCAUUUGAUCAAUCCCCAGCAGGUGCAAAGGCUUUGGGAGAUGUAUGUGGUCAAAGCACACAGACACUUCUCGGCUGCUCCAACAUCCACCAGCGCUGCAACGCUGCACGCCGCCAAGCAGCAGACAUCACCCCACCCGACUGACUACAAUAAAUAUAAGAGCUACAGAUAGUAACAUUAACUCGUGCAUAUAAAUUUACACACACAUACAAGCAUAUUUGUCAUAAUACACAUAAGUUCUUUAAGUUUUACUUUUUUAUUACAACAUUUUAUUUUAAAAUUAAAUAAGAGAAAUUGAUUUUAGUUAGGAUCUGUGUAAAGGCAGUACGUUUAAAGUAAACAACUUGUGUAUAUUCCAAUGUGUGAACGUGUAAAAUAUGAAAGGCGCAACAAGCGUAAAAAAUCAUGUAAAAAGCAAAUAUUCAAUAAAAUAUUUAUCUUAUAUACAUAUACAUACAUAUGUAAGUGAGCAUUCUGCACAAAUCUCAUAUCAUAUAGUGCAAAUGUUUAACAUCAAAACUUUAGAUUAAAAUUAUAUACACGCAUAUGUACAUAUGUAUGUGUGAAAUGGAUACGUUUGUGCGGUGCAAACGAAGACAAUUCGCCUAAGGAGUAUAGUACAUAUUUUGCGAUCGGAAUUGUAGGGCGUGGUUUGACUGAAGUUGUCAAAACACGCUUAGAACAAGUAUUUAAAUGAAAUUAGCUCAGUUGGUAUACGUAAUUUAAAGUUUAUUUUUAAACCAAUGUAUUAAUGCUAAUUUUAGUGAAAUUAAAAUAAAUUAUUUUUAUUAUAAUAACUUUGAAGUUUAGUAUGAAUAUAUGCUUUAUAAAAAGAUAGAAUACUUUCGAAUGUGUCACAUAGUCAUUUUACUAGAAUUGAAUCUAUAGUUUAUACGCAUAUAUUAACUGAAGCCUCUAGCUUAGCUUUGUCCAGCGGUUAUUAGAAAGUAAAAGCAUAUCUUUUGCAGCUGCCAGAAAUGUUUUAAAACCGCAAAAAUUCCAGAAUCGUAUGCAGAAUGAUUAAUGAUUGUUGUGGUGAUUAAAUUAGUGCUUGCACUUUUUUAUCGUACCAGUCGGCGUUCACAAAUUAGUAAUUAGAAUUCAGAAACUGUAAUUGCCAGAAGUUAUAAUCAAAGUUUGCCAUACAUUAAAGAUUCAGAAUCGAAAACUCGAAUUUAUGAGUGUGCUUGGUUUGUUCGUUGUUAUCGAUAAUUGAACUCUUAUUUUGUUGUUGUUGUAGUUGCAGAAAACUGGCGAGUUGACAGUCCUUGACCGGGUAAAAAUCCGAGUCCGUUCCGGCUAAGCAGACCCGACUGUCGUGCCGUGCUAUUAUUUUCUUUGACAAAGCUGCAAUCAUACGGAAUAUUUUUUUACUAAGCAGAGAGAGACUGCUGAUUUUUCAGCUCGCUAUUAUUGUUUCCGCAUAAAUCAAACCUAAAAAGCAAACAAAUAAACUGCCUGUAAAGAUUAGUUGUGAAGUUGGUGAUUGAGCCUACUUUAUGAUUUCAAAAUUAUGUUAAUUAUCUCUAUUUUUUUACAGAGAACAUAUCGAUUUUUUUUCAUUUUAUCAAGAAAUAUAUACAUAUUUAUUAAUGAAAUUUGAGUUUUUCUGAAAUCAGAAUCAGCUUGAAAACAAAAUGGUUCUACUUUGUGAGCGGCCACUGUUUUUCUUCGUCGUAUAUUUCGUCUAUAGUCGCACAUAGCGAGUGACUCAAUUCCGUAUUCUAUGAAUCUUGCGGAGGAUUUCUGUGUUUUCUUUUAAGGGUAUGUAAAAAAAUCAAGCACCUGAGUUCGGGAGCUAUCAAUACUAUUUAUUUUUGUAGAACUACUAACUUUUUCUAUUUCGGUGCUUCAUAAAUUUGCUUUCGCAUAUAUUAUAUUGAAAAAAAAACAGAAAUGGCAAUUUAAUAUUUUGUUAUUUUUUUUUAACUUAUUAAUUAAAGAGCAAUUUGCAAAAAAAAAAAUAUUUUGUCUUAAAAUUAUUCCUUACUUAAUCAAAUUACUGGCAAAUAAUUGGCUCCUCCCAAGCAUAAAUAGUGACUUUGACGCUUUGGAAUUAGAAUCGUUGUUGUUACUGAAAUGUAGAAGGCUAUUCAGAGCUGAAAAACAGUUUCAGCCGUGAAAAGGUCCUAGAAAUUUUAAAAUAUGUUCGAUUUCGCAAAUAAUAACGCUCGAAAACAUAUCAAACUAAUUGCAUAUAUGUAUAUAUUUGAUUAAUUUUAUAUACUUCUGUUAUUCGACAAUUUAAAACGAACUCGGUGUCUCAA